GCGCCACGGAAACCACCUGUCAGGUGAGGAGCCAGGUAACAGACAGAAGGGGAAGAAAGCGAAGAAAGAGAAAAUGAGUAACCCCAUCCCCGGAAAUCUGAAGUCAGAGGCUAAGAAAGCUGCCAAGAUCCUCCGGGACUUCACAGAAAUCUCCAACAGGAACGGACCGGACAAACUCAUCCCCGCUCAUGUGAUAGCGAAGGCAGAGGGCCUGGCCAUCAUCUCUGUCAUCAAAGCCGGCUUCAUGAUCACGGCCAGAGGAGGCAGCGGCAUUGUCAUCGCCCGACUGGCCGACAGACGCUGGUCAGCUCCGUCGGCCAUCGGCAUCGCUGGUCUGGGCGGAGGCUUCGAGAUCGGAGUGGAGGUGUCAGACCUGGUCAUCAUCCUGAACCAGCGGCGGGCCAUCGAAGCCUUCACCAAAGGUGGGAAUCUGACUCUGGGUGGGAAUUGCACCGUUGCCAUGGGUCCGAUGGGCAGGAACGUGGAGGCAGAUGUGGCUCUGCGCAGCACAGCGGCUGUCUUCACCUACUGCAGAUCCAGAGGUUUGUUCGCAGGUAUUUCUCUGGAGGGAUCGUACCUGAUUGAGCGCAAAGAGACCAAUCGAAAAUUCUACUCUAGAGACAUCCGUGCGUCAGCCAUCUUAAACGGCGACGUGGAGCCGCCAUCAGAAUGCUACGACCUCUACCACAUCCUGGAGAUGUACACUGAGGCGUACUGCGCAGACUGGACCAGUAAGAACAUGCCGAACAAGUCCUCUCUUCCUCCUGCACGACCUCCAGCUCCAAGACCGUCAACCAGCUACCAGCAACCUGCAGCCAGCUUCCAGCAACCUGCAGCCAGCUUCCAGCAACCUGACUACGGCUACCAGCAACCAGCAGCUAACCCUGGUCAGUUUGCCUCUAAAAGUGCUCCUAGCUACGGUUCAGGUCCAUCAGACGGAGGAGCCAGCGGACAACUGGUUGCCACAGCAACCCACCCGUUUACCGGGCAGCAGCCCGGUGACCUCAGCUUCGUCCCCGGAGACCGCAUUACCAUCAUCACCAAAACGGAGUCCCAGUACGACUGGUGGGAGGGACAACUGGACGACGGACGGGUCGGGAUCUUCCCCGCAAACUUUGUCACAUUUUGACCACUGCCCCCUAGAGGUAAAUAGAGGUUAGAUGGAGGGGCGAGGAGAGAUGAGUGAGGGUCUGAGAUAAAAGUUACAGUAAUAACUUAACAUUAUAAUUAGUCAGAUAAAUAUGAACCAUGCAGGAUAAUGUUAUAAUGAUAUUUGAGGCUGGCUACAUGUGAGAUAGUCUAAACUGGUCUGAAACUGUGGUAGAGCACAGGCAUGAGGACAGCUUUGUAACAUUACAUUCCUCCAAACACACACGAGAUGAUUCAGCUAGAAACGAGAUUUCACAGAAACGUGAUCAAAAUGACUUUAAAAAGUUAUGAAUUUUAGAUGAACCAACAAGAAACAGAUAUUCUUGCUCUUUUUACAACAUGAGUGUGUAUGUGAUAGAAUGUUGGGACUCAGUGACAUCAAAUUCAAAAGCGUAAUUUUUUUUAGAACCAGUUUUUUUUUUGCUAUCUUUGACAGAUUUUUAAUAUUAACUGUCAAAGUUUGCUGAUGAUUUUUGACUCUCAGACUUUUACCGUGUGUGUAUGUGAUAGAAUGUUGGGACUAGAAUGUAACCAGCCUUAAGGUCCCAAAAAUGACAAUUUUGUGGCUCUUAUGGCCUUAAAUGAUUUUCUGUCUUGUUUUAAAUCAAAUAUAUGAUGUAUAAUAUCACCCAAAUCUGACUAACUGCUGCUGUAGAACACUCUGAAGGGAGUUUUUUUUUGUGUUCUAACGUUUUAAAGACUAACACAAUAGAGUCGUACCGGUCUGUUCUAAAAAUGAAAAGUUAAAUGUUGAGUUUAGUGUCAAUAUUUGUUUUUGUCUUUUUCACACUGAUCAGGGUUUUUAUAUUGGUGGUGGUCGGGGGCUGCUUUACUAAAAUAGAUACGUUUAAAAACCUUUAAGGUUUUAAAACACUUGGAAGGGGAAUUUUCCUUCCAAAGGAGCAGAAAAACAAUGUUGUGAUAACGUGAAUGUUACGACAACAGUGAAGUCUAGUUAGGUUCAGUGUUUCUGCUUAUUCAUCCGUUACAGGCUGAUUUACAAAAGACCUUUAUAUGUUUACACUUUAUAUAUGACGAUACCGACCGCUCUGUGCUUGAUGGAAUGGAAUGUGGUGCUUUGGGGAUGUUUUUUUAAAUACAUAUCAAACGCCUAAAUAAAUGUCACUUUAACAUGU